GUUUGUUUUUAUUUGCUUAAAAGAUAAGAAUUGCACUGAAAUGGAGGGCGCAAUUGCGCAUAACUUAGCGAAUGGGCAAAAUCGCACCAGCGACGUGGAGGCCGGCCAGAUGAAACACUUCUCGGCCCUGCACCUGCGCCGCCAGGUUAUGAGGGGUUUGGCUGCCGAAAACUUUAGGACGCCAACGAAAAUUCAGGCUGCAGCCAUACCCAUUGCUCUGACUGGAAUGGAUUUGUUGGUGCAGUCCAAGAGCGGCACAGGCAAGACGCUGAUCUAUGUGGUGACCGCGCUGCAGAUGUGCAGCCUUUCGACUCAGCAUCCAGAGGUUUUGGUGAUUUUGCCCACACGGGAGCUGGCACUUCAGGUGCACGACACAUUCCGUUUUUUGGGUGAGAAACUGCGGUCCUUCAAGGUCAGUUCCUUUAUGGGCGGCACCGAUGUGACCAGGGAUCGAGAGAAACUACGCAACUGCCAUGUGGCCAUUGGUACACCGGGUCGCCUGCUGCAACUGCACGAAAAGGGCGUUCUUAAUAUGUCCAUGGUGAAGUUGCUGGUGCUCGACGAGGCCGAUCAGCUCUACGUGACGGCGAGCCUUCAGAAGACGGUGAACGCCCUGAUUGCGGUGCUGCCGCUGCAGCGCCAGGUCAUUGCCUGCAGUGCCACCUUCGAUCAGAAUCUGGACGAGAAGAUAGCCAAAAUGAUGGAAAAGCCCGUCCUGAUAUCGAAUAGCGAGCGCGCCACCGUACUCCUGGGCAUCCGACAGUUUGUCUACGAGUUGCCCGAACAGGUCAACAACCUACUCGAGAUGCGUCUGAAGCUGGAGGCCCUGAAGAAGAUCUUCGCCCAGCUGAACUACGAGCAGGCAGUGCUCUUUUCCAACUCGAAAAUGCGUGCGGACUCGUACUGCAGUUACCUAAACGCCGGCAAAAUACCGUGCGCGCUACUCUCGGGCGACCUCGCUCAGGAGAAUCGCUCCAAAGUGUUCGAGGGCUAUCGCAACUUUUCGGUGCGCACCAUAGUGGCCACGGAUCUGAUCGCCCGAGGCGUGGACUCGCAUCACGCCAACUUAGUGAUCAAUCUGGACCCGCCGACUGAUCACAUAACCUAUCUGCACCGCAUCGGGCGUGCCGGACGCUUCGGCUCCAAGGCCAUAGCCAUCACAUUCAUCUCGUCGGCGAAGCAAAGCGAGAACUUUAAGAAGAUUCUGGCCAAGGCCGGCACCGGCAUGUCCGUCCUGCAGUUCCCCACAGAAGGGCCGCCGGCAAAGGACUUUAACUACUUUGAGUUUGAUGCCUAUCAAUUUCCAUAUUAUUUUAAGACCGAAGCCUGUGAGCAGGACAAUAACGAGCUGAAUCGAAUCAUAAAACCGAAGUUUUAUGAACAGCUGGCCAUCAAAAUAGCCGAAGAAAAUGCUGAACAAGCCACGGAUGGGACUCCUGUUGAGGAAAAGACACAGGAUCCUAUGGAGCAAAUCAUUGAGCCCAAAGUAGAAGAGACUGCUUCUCAGGCUAAAGAGGAGUUCGUCCAACCAGAAGUUCUCUCUCCCGCUCAAGUGGCUGAGGAAAAGCCGACCAAUCUACAAUUUGAGAUUCUCACAUAUCCCCCCAUGGAGGAGGCCAACAACAAUCCUCUGGAAGACACCAACCGAGCAUUUGAGGUGCUCUCGUUGCCGGAACCCGUUGAAGAGAUCCCCGCUUUGAAUGAGGAAAAGCCCAGCACCAGCUCUGCAGCCAAAAAGAAAGAGAAACAAAGGCGCACAUCUGAAACGCAAAAGGCUGUGAAAGCCCCCGUAGAGCCGCAACCGGGCUUCGCAGACAACAAGGAGAAUCGACCAUUGAAUGGAGUAGAAACCGCCACAGAAAGCCGGUCAGGGUCCAACCAGACAGUGAUGGCAGUGGAUGGCUCUCCUCAAACAUCAAAAACCAUAUCGGAUGGCACAGCAAAGCGUCCAGAGUCCCAGCCGAUGGCCAUAGGAGAGGACUCACCGCAGACAUCACAGACACCAACGGAGGCGUCACAAGAACCCACUCAGUCCACGGGCUGUUCGGUUGAAACACACCCGGGACCGCCAGUGAAUUCGAUCAAUACGAAGACCUACUGCCUGGUGGUGCCUGCCACGGAGAACAGCUCGACCACACUGCAGCCGCAUGUCCUGUCGAACACGGUGGACGAUGCCAGCAGCAUUGUCUCGGACAGCCUGGAGUGCGGCUAUGCGAGUGAUGCCUCAUAUGUCAGCCACUACACGGAGAGCGAUGGCCAGAUUAUUUGGCAGCGCUUCAGGGCCCGUCAGCGACUGCUCAAGAGGCGCCGUCGAUCCCCCAAGGCUCAUCGCUGGCAUCAAAAAUUCUCAACAUUUUUACGAGUGCAGCCAGCAUUCAGGAGUGGAAGGAAACCCGGCAUCGAUUCUCUGCUGCCAGUCCUGGCCCACCAUCAGUUGCUGACGAAGUUUGAGAACAGGGAGAGCAUAAUCAAACGCUUGAAUGCCUACAAAACGAUAUUCAAGGUCAAGAAUGAGUCGCGCUGGCUGGACGCACUCUACAGGACGGCAAUGGAAGUUUACUAUACGAAUUAUGGCCCUGCCGCAGAGCAGCAGCCGCCGCCAGGUCUGGCAAAGCUGAGCGUUCAUGUUGCCCAUCAGAUGGACAUUCCAGCCGCGGCUGCUCCGCCGGCAGCUGUGGUUGUCGUUGAAGUCGAAAACGAGGCAGACGAUGAGGCGGACUCAUCCGAAUCGGCCUUGUCAUCAGGUGACGAUGAGGUUUUUGAAGAAACGAGCUCGCCAUCGAGCGGCUUUGGGGAGAGUACAGAGGAGAGUGCCUCUUCGGGCAUUGAGACGUCUGUCUACGAUCCUUCUGGUUCCUCAAAUGCCCACGACAAUGAUGAUGAUGAUGAUGAUGAGGAAGACUAUGACAAUGAGGAAGACUAUGACGAUGAAGAGGACGAGGAGGAGGAGGAAGAGGAGGAGGAGGAUGAUGCAUUUAGCAAUACUGGGAGCACUGACAAUAGCUUUGUGAUGAGAAACGUACGCCAUCGACCUACUAAACGGGCAGCAAGUGACAGAACUGCCAGCAGUUCUAGCCACGAAAGCAAUGCUGGUAGAGGCCACAUUUCUCCAGAUCGAACCAAUGCCAACGAUGCCUGCAGUGCCCCAAAGACUGAUGAAAGCAUUGCCGCAGAGACUGAUGAAAGCAUUGCCCCAGAGACUGAUGAAAGCAGUGACCGCGAGGAUCGAGAGUCAGUACAACCGGAUGUUGCCCAAAUAAACCGGGCCAAAAAACUCUGGGAGGAGACCUUCAACAGGCAGUAUCUGAUAAUUGCCAACCACGUGGCCAAUCACAUGGCCCAGUUCCAGGACGAAGAGGACUAAACAAGCACAACCAACCAUUCUCCUUCCGCAGACUGGUCGGACGGAGAGUCAGUCAUUAAUAUUAAACAAUCUCUCGCUAAAUAGAAACAAACUGAAAACGGACAAGUUCCCAGAGGCUGCAUCAGUCUUUCUCUCUCUCUUUACAUACAUUUUUCGCAAUGUUACCCAAACUUGAACACUUUUUGAAACGGUAAUGAAAUGAAAUUUAAACUUUUUUCAAUGUAUAACAAGAAUUAACCGAUAUACACAUAAUAUACUCCAAAAAAAAAACCUUAAAAAACUAUAUAUACAUUAAACUGGUAUUGGAAUACCUUUCUAUUUGACUAGAACCCAUAGUUAUAGACAAGUACAACCGUUUAAAGGCUAUGUGAUUACAUAUAAUAUAUCGUAUAUCAAUAGAAUUACACUUGCAUACGUCCUAGUGAUACACGAAUGAGUAUCGAAGUGAAAGACAAUGAGAAAGUUAAGUUUUUGUUAUGAACUAAAUGCGAAACCGAUUGUACAGGCGAACUCGAUUGAAUCAACAUUAAUUAGAGACUAAUUAUAACCUUAAAUUUACUUAAACCAUCUAAAGAACCAUGAAAAGAUUAUAUAUAUAUAUUCACGAUUCACCAGAAAAAAAAUAUUCAAAUUUGAAGAGCCAUGAGUCAUUUUCUUU